GAAGUGUAUUAAUGGAGGGCAUUUUUCCUCUUCCUGAGCAGACACUUCCCCCUUAGAAGCUUGCUCACCCAAUGUCACAUGCACAGAAUUCGAACUUUUCCCAUGAGUGUGUUAGGACAUAAUAAGUACAAAAAGCGGAUCUGCACAGGGAAAAAAAAGAUUCAAGAUGAAGUGAGAAUUCUACUAGAAAGGAAAUGGCUGCCUCUUCAUCAUCCUCCUCAGCUGGUGGGGUCAGUGGAAGUUCUGUCACUGGAUCUGGUUUCAGUGUCUCAGACCUUGCCCCACCACGGAAAGCCCUUUUCACCUACCCCAAAGGAGCUGGGGAGAUGUUAGAAGAUGGCUCUGAGAGAUUCCUCUGUGAAUCUGUGUUCAGCUAUCAGGUGGCGUCUACACUGAAGCAGGUGAAACAUGAUCAGCAAGUUGCUCGGAUGGAAAAACUAGCUGGUUUGGUAGAAGAGCUGGAGGCAGAUGAGUGGCGGUUUAAACCCAUCGAGCAGCUGCUGGGGUUCACACCCUCUUCCUGUUGACCUUGCCUGGGUGGUCACCUCUGGUGUGCACAGCAAGUGCAGGGCCAGCGAGGAACUUUCCUUACUGCUUACAUAGCCAUCCAGAGUUCACAGUUUCAUCACUGAAUUGUUCAUUCACAUCAGUCAGUACUUGUUUAAUUCACAUCAGUACUUGGUUUCUCUGUUUCUAUCCACAAGCAACAAAUAUUUAAAUGUGUGAUCUUGCAGGGAAAAUUUUUGUUUGUUUAAAACAUUGAGAAUUAGGUUAAGACAAUCGGCAUCAGAGAACCAGGAGGUCUGGGUAAGAGAUGUAUAAAACUUCGCAAACCAGGUAGGUCACACGCCAGAAUUGGCCAACGGAAUGGCUCCUCUCCUGACAUUCAUGCAGUGCAUGGAAUCCUCACCGGUCAAGCUUAGGUCAGGAUCUGGAGUUGUAAAAUACAGCAUUUCCGACCUAAAACAUUCUUUUUGCUAAUGAAUGUGAUUUCUACUCAGGACCUAAGUGAGGAAUUUUUAAAUGUUUAGGGUUUUUUCUAUUUUUAGACACCUAAUUCUAUAGAUUCUAACUUUUUCUAACCUCUUUUAGACAUGCCAAAUGCUGGCAAAAAGAAUUGUUUUUUGAAUAUUGAAGCACUUGUAAGAAUAAAGCAGUGAACAAAAUCCUUUAAACACAGAAGUCCUGAGUUCCUCUUGUUGGUGGACUCAAGCAAUUCUGUAGCAAAUAAAUCCUUUGAAAGAGCUCCAAAUUGGCUUCUUUAUCCUUUCAAAGUCUCAGGGAUUUGGGUUAGGGGGAGGAGGUCAGAUUAUUUUUUAUAAGACAGGAAUCUGAAAACCAUUUCUCCUAAGCAAAUGGGAGAUUUGCUUUAUCUCAGGAAUAUUUUGUCUUUACAAAAGUAUAUGAAUUUAUCAAUAUCUGAGUAGGUUUUUAGAUCAUGAUAGGGAAAAACCUAAAAAGGGAAAAGGUGUCCUUUGUUCUCCCUCAUGGAACCCAUGUCCACACUGUACAAAUAAGAGAAUCAUUUAUUAGAUUUUAUGCAAAUUUUGCCUCAGAAACAUUUGCCUUUCUCCUCAUUAAUAACUUGUAACUGACCUACUUAGAGUUGCUUAAUUAUGAAUAAAUAUAAUCUCAGUAGCAACUGGCCUUAAUCUCAGGAGUUCAAAAUGUUUAGCACGUACGACCUGACAGGGAGGUGGCAGCCUCAUUGCGCUGGUAAGGAAUCUGAGCACAGAAGUCAAAGGCCUGCUCGCAGUCACACAACUCAGGGAAGAAAACCUUGGAAUUGGAAUAUAUUCCAGCUGAUAAUUCAGCCCACUGCUCUUGUCUCUAAAGCACAUCAGAGCACCAAAAUUGCGAGCCCAUAUUAAUUUCUCAACCC